AUGCUCAUGCUACGAUCUGUAACAGGAAGAGCCACUACUAGUAGUAUUACUACGGCCAUGUCGCUGUGGCUAUGCUUAUUCAGCAUCUCCACAAUAGCGGCGCUGCGGUCGUCUGUACGAGGCCAGUCAGCGGUGGACGACUACAGCACUAGAGCUACCAGCUUUACCUCCACCGUCUUUAUGGAGUACACUUCAACCGCUCUUGACAGCUUCCAAGAUGACGACGCUGACUCUACCAGUAUACACGGUACUAGUGCUACUAGUAGCUUAGCAAGCGAAGAACGAAUGGCUCUAGAAGAAGCCUUUCGAGAGACUUACAAUCGGCUAAGUCUACAAGCAGCAAGAGACUCUACUAGCAGUGGUAGCAGCAGUGGUAGCAGCAGUGGCAACAGCAGAGUCCAAAAAGCUACCAUUGUCAAGACCACAGGACUCAGUCACGAUCACGAGUCACGGACUGAAGGACCCCACCCACUAGCUAAGGAAGCCGACUUGGCAGGGAACCGACACCAACUGCAAUGGUCUAUACAGGCUUCCUGUGAGACAGAACUGGGAUGUUCCAGACGGCUCUUUGAUGAAGCAAGUCCAAGUCCGAGAGACUUUCAAGAUGCCUACCAUCAAAAGCUAGGCAUUACACAACACCGUCAUCUCUUGCAAGAGGAGCAACAACAACAGUCAAGACAAAGACAUACGCAAGAACUCGUGGAAGCCACGGCAUUCGAGUGCCCCUCAGACACGUCGUCCUUUACAUCCCGCUUUUAUCUCACGGUGGAUGCACUUUCCUCACUCGAGAUGGACCUCGAGUUGGACCGCGAGUUAUGGAUCAGUAUGAUACAGACGACCUACAACUCGCUCAGCUUUUAUACCUGCGAUGCGCCACACUUUCGGACUCUGGUAGAUGUACAAGUACGAGAGCAAAAACCUAGUAGUACUAGUACUAGCAGUGGUACACCCAGCAGUGUGGUACGACACUUUCCCGGGGAACGACGCCACUUGCAGCAGCCAUCCAAUGCUACUACAUCUACUACUGCGAGGACUCUGGAGUUUGCCGUUGUGGCCGAAUGCCGAGGGGACUGCGAGGGACUGGAAUCCAUCUUUGCAGUAGCAUCCCAACAAGAACCAUCACUGCUGCCACUAACGUGGCAACCACCGUCCUGGACCGACCUCCAAGGACAAUCGUCGUCACUGCGACAAGCCAGUGACGAUACCUGCUAUUGUGCGGCAGAACAUGUGCAAGAUGACUCGUUGCAACUGACGCCCGAAAUUUUUGUCGAGGCUUUGCAGUCCACGCUUCAACGAGUGCAGCAGGAAGGACUGAUGGGCAGUGUACAAGACAUUGCGGCCAUUGCCGAAGUUCAAGAUCAAGACUGUCAAGCCGCACCUACCGUCUUUGAAACACGCGUCUUGCUCGAAGUCGUCGCCAGCGGGGUGGACUACUACUACACAGAUGAUGCGAACAACUACACGGACAGCAGUCUGGAUACGCCACUCGAGCUGGGGCGCAAAUUCAAGGACGUCUACAAUGCUUUGGCAUUUGCCUUUUGCGAUUCUGCGUUUUAUCGGAUACGGGACGUGGCACUCGACAUGGUCGAUACCACGGUGCGGCAAGUCGCAUUUGUUUUGCAAGUCGAAUGUCAAGGCUGUGAUGCAAUUGCUGGCAAUGCGUCGGCCAUUUUCUAUCAUCCCAAUGCCAAUAAUGAGACAUGGGUGGACAAUACAACAGCGUUGGUACCUGCGCCGGAAGAAGCUUGUUUGUGUCCUGUAGUCACCAGUCGGGAUGAGUUGCCGAGAACCUACCGUCCUCCCACAACAGAGGAAGUACUAGUGGUGCUACAGGAACAACUGGAGGAAGAAGAGGUUACCAUGCUGCAUCAAGUGGAAGCAUUUGAUUGCUCUCCACCUCCUUCCCUUCCGCCGAUUAACGCAACAGUUGUUGGAAAUGAAACGAUCGUCGUCAAGGAAGGACUGAACCUGUACGAGUCACAAGAAGAGCUCAACAACGUCACUGGCCGAGUGCCGUCUCGGUGGAGUAGUCGUCGUGACUUGCAAUCUGAGGGCCGUCGCAACUCGACGAAUGGAACAUUGACGGGGCUGGGAUUCGACGACGGAUUGGCUGAUACUCGAGGCACCACGGUCUUUCGUGUUGGUGUCGACUGUCGUCGUUGUGAGAACACGGAAGACUCGGAAACCUUUGGACUCUUUGAUUCGUUUGAGAGACGACAACGACACCUAGAAACGGAAGGCGAUGGCGACGCCGAUCUCAAGGAACUCAUCUUGCCUUGGAUCACAAACGCCAAGCCAUUUUUGUCACCAGACUCCGCCUCCAGACGAGAUAGAGAAGAACCUGAAACUUGUUUCUGUCCACUGGGAACCGAACCCGAUGAGAUUGCGCCGCUCACCGAAGUAGUGUUUGAAGAAACGUUUUCGGCUCGCGUCGACCAACUCGUGAAUGAGUCCGUUGUCAGAUCCGUGCAAGCCGUGGUAGAUGUGGAAGAAGACGAAGAUUUCUGUUCCAAUUUGUUGGUGGAAGUUGACAUCGAGUACGUGCUCGACUUUGAAGGUGGGGACGUCAGCCGAUACACUACAGAAGACUUCGAACGCGCAAUUACAGAAACUCUCCGAAAGUUGCGUACGUCAAAGUGUGAUCCCUAUCUCAUUCGAGUCAACAGUGUUGAAAUACUGUCUGUUGGUGGGGAUGGUUUGCGACGACGUGACCUGGUGGAAGGCGAUGGUGCGACUCGGGUGCUGUACGACCUCACCGUGGCUGAAGCGGAAGAGUCAUUUUUGGAUUUCAUGGAAGGACGCUUGGGCGACAUGGAGUACUUGAUUGUUCAACAGCUGUCGGCUCAAGCAAGAGCUGGCGACGAUAUCUCUGUCAACCAAGUGGGGCCCUCGUCGCCAACAACCGAGGCGCCAACAUUACCACCCACGGAAGCCCCAACAGAGCCACCAACACCCAGUCCCACGUCAUCUCCCACAAAGCAGCCAACGCGCAGUCCCACAGCAAAUCCCACACGGCAGCCAACACCAAACCCAACUUCUCAACCAACACGGCAGCCAACACCUAACCCUACUGCACAACCAACACGGCAGCCAACACCAAACCCUACUGCACAACCAACACGGCAGCCAACACCAAACCCGACGUCUCAACCAACACGAUCACCCACACCUAACCCUACCGCACAGCCAACACGACCACCCACACAAGAUCCAACAUUAGCGCCAACACCUGAUCCCACUCCAGAUCCAACUACACCGCCAACACGAGAACCUAGCAAUGCGCCUUCGAUUGCCCCUUCAUCCAACCCUUCUGGAUCUUCGUCACCAUCCAGUUCCCCCACCAUAUCCAAGCAUCCUUCUAUGAUGCCAUCCCGCUCAAUUGCACCAUCCGAAUCACCCACGUUUUCUCCGGGGCCGUCCUCAAGCCCUUCGAAACUACCGUCUGCACGCCCCUCGUCUUCAUCAUUGCCGUCCAAUAUCCCAUCUCAGGAGCCGUCUGCAUCCCCUUCAGCGUUGCCAUCCGAACAGCCGUCGAUUGCGCCAUCCGAAGCCCCUUCGGGUUCGCCGACCCCAUCAUCCAAUCCUUCGGUGUCGGUUUUUCCUUCUUUGGUCCCCUCGGCACCGCCAUCAGAAACACCAUCCGCUUUGCCGUCCAAGGAACCUUCCGUAUCGCCAUCUUCUGCGCCCUCGGAUUCAAUGGCACCGUCCAUUGCUCCAUCCGCCAACCCCUCAGCGGUUCCCUCGACUACGCCAUCUGGGCAUCCCUCUUCUGGACCAUCAUCGGUGCCUUCUCUGUCUCCUUCCACUGUUCCAUCUGGCUCGCCAUCGGUGGCCCCAUCAACAGUGCCCACAACAAGCCCAACGAAAGCACCAACAGAUCCCCCCACCCCAAGCCCAACAGAGGCACCAACAAAUCCCCCAACCCCAUCGCCAACAAAAGCCCCGACCGAUCCUCCAACUCCAUCGCCAACAGAAGCCCCAACUAAUCCUCCAACCCCGUCACCAACAGAAGCCCCAACUAAUCCUCCAACUCCACCAACCAACAAAACUCCUAACAGAGCCACCAACCCAAGCCCAACUAUCCACCAACAGAGCCUCCAACAACCCACCAACGGAUCGCCAACACUACCCCCAACGAACCAGCCAACUGAUCCACCAACAGAGCCUCCAACGAACCCACCAACAGAGCCUCCAACGAACCCACGACCACCAACGGAUCCGCCAACACACCCCCAACGAACCAGCCAACUGACCCCAACAGAGCCUCCAACGAACCCACCAACACUACCCCCAACGAACAGCCAACUGAUCACCAACAGAGCCUCCAACGAACCCACCAACGGAUCCGCCAACACUACCCCCAACGAACCAGCCAACUGA